AUGAAAAAUAUAUCAAUUGAUAAUAGAAAAUUGGAGUUUUUUAAUUUGGAAAAUAAAAUAACAGGAAAAACAAAUGACUACAAUAAUAAUUCUAAUGCCAUUAUUAAUUGUUUCAAUAUUAAUAGAACAAAUGAAAAAGUUUACUACAAAUCAAAAAAGAACAAUAAAUUGUGUGUUUUAAAAGAUUUAAAUUUUAAUGGUGAUUAUUUGGUUAAAAAGAAAAGAAAAGAAAAAAAAUUGAUUAUCAAAAAUAACGAACUAAAUUUACGUAAUAAAUAUGAUUAUUUUUUGAAAAAAAAGUGUGAUAUAUUUAAUCUUCAAUCAUUUAAUACUAGAAGCCACAACUUAAGUAAUAUACAUGAUAUCUAUUACAUAUAUAAAGAUGGAUCAGAUAUUUCCGAUAUAAUUAUUAAAAGAUAUAAUGAAAAUAUUUAUGUAAGUAUAUUUAAUAAUAUUCUUCUUUUAAUAAACCCAUCGGAGCAUAUAAAUAUUUUCUAUAAAUUAUUAUUUAAAUCUAAAAAUAAAAAUAAUUAUAUAUUUUACUCAUUUAUAAAUAAUGCUUUGAAAAAAAAUUUAGGAGAAGUUGAAUUUGAUUAUAUUUCAGAUCUGGAAGAAGAAUCUGAGAGUUCAGAAGAAAUUAAAAAAGUAAUUAAUUAUAUAAAUAGAAAAUCAGAUAAAAAUAAAAUAUGUGGACACAAUUUCAAAGAACUUAAAAAACAAAAGAAGAAAAAAAAAAACUUAAUUGAUAUUAAAAAAGAUUUAAUUAAUAAUAACAACAAUGAAAUUAAAGAAUUGCAUAAAGACAUUUUAAGUAAAAUUCGUAUUAAUUUUAAUUUAGUUUUCAAUAUUAAUAACAGUAGAAAUAAAGAAAUUGUUACUAAUAAUAAUUCAAAGAAAUUAAUUAAUUCUACUAGUUUUAGUAAUAUAUAUAUAGCAAAAAAUUCUACGUUUAAUUCUUUUAAUUUUGAAAAUAAAUUAUUAUUUAUAUAUGGUGAAAAAUACAGUAACCAAAAUAUAAUAAAUAAAUAUAUUUUCAAACAUAUAAUAAAAACGGAAAAUUCUGAGGUAUAUCAUAAUUAUAAAAAAGUUAUGAGUAUCAUUAAUUUAUUUUUUAAUUCUAAAUGUUAUAAUUAUAUAAUACAUUACUGUAAUGAAAAUAAAAUAUUAUAUUUUAAUUUUGCCCCUUUUUUUUUAUAUGAUCAAAAUAAUGUAACAAACAUUUGCAAAAAAAUAACUGAUUUUUAUGAGGAAUUAAUUAGUGUAAAUAUUGAAAAUGAAGAAAAAUCUUCUAAUGAAAGUAUAAAAAACAAUAUAGAAAAUUUUAAUCAUUUUAAUACUUCAACAGAUAAUUUAAGAUAUCAAAACAUUAAGAAUUAUUAUAAAAUAAUGGAAAAUUCUAAUUAUAAAGAUAACAUAAAUAAUAAACCAGAAUUAAAUAAAAAAAGUAAAUAUAGUGAUAAUAAUUCUAAUAAAAAUGAUUUUAUUAGUAUUCCAUUCAUUUUUUUUUUUCUUCUUCAGAGUAUAUUGAUAGAUAAUUCUAAUAAAAAUUUAAAAGUCUUAAAAUUGCAUCCUUUAGAUAUAAAAAAAAUAUAUAAAAAUUACAUUGAAUCUCCUUGUAUUGAUCUUAAAACGUCUGACAUUGAAAGAAUCUUUUCCAAUUUUUUAGAAUUAGGUUUUACUGAGCAGGAUAUUAUUUCUAUAAAUAAAAUAAUUUUUGCAAUUAUUUUUAUAAAUGUAUAUAUUAAUAUUAGAAGAUGUUUAAAAAUAAAUGAGGAAAGGACAUUAAAUUGUUUAAAAAUUCAAUUAAUUAAAAUUGAAGAUUUUAUGAAAUUAAGAAAAUGGGAAAUAACGGAAAAAAAAAGUAAUGAAGAUAUUUUUGCACAUAAUGAUUCCAAUAAUUCAUCCUUUUUGCUUAGAAAAAAAAGUGAGGAAUUACAAGAAAAUAAUUUUAACAAUUUAUUUAAUUUUAAUAUAGAUAAUUAUUUAAGUAGUGGUUUAAGUUCAUUUUCAGAUGUAGAUGAGAUUAAUGUAAUUAAUAAUAUUAUUAAAAGUAAAUAUACGAAAGAAGAAAGUGCAAAUGAGAGUAGAAACAAAUAUAAUGAAAAUUCAAGUGGAAGAAAAUCGGAAGAUAGUAAGUUAAAUAUAAAAAGAUAUAAUACAAGAGAGAGUAGUGAAAACAAUGAAAACUUAAGUGGUAAUGAUACAUUUGAAUCAAAUAAAAGUUCAUUUGACAAAAGAGAAAAAAAAUAUAACUACUUUAUAGUAUUCGCUGGCCAUAUACUGGAAGAAUAUAUAUCUUUUUUAUUAGAUGUCGAUUUAAACAUUUUUGUAAAUAUUUUAAAUGAUACUAUAAAAUUAAAAAAUUUGUGUACAAAUAUUUUUUUUAGAUUGAAAAUAAAAAUAAUACAACAAGUGAAUGAAUUUCUAAAGAAUACCAGUAGAAAUGUAAUUACUAAAUAUUCUCUAUUUAUUUAUUGUAAUAAUGGUUUAGUAGAAAAUUUAGUAGAAAACAAUAAAGGAAAUAAGAAAAAUAAUCUAAAUGAACUCAUUAAUAAUAUAUAUGAUGAAGUAUUGCAUUCUUAUUAUGUAAAAAUGUCUUUAUUUAAUCUUGAUAGUUCCAUUAUACAUACAUUAAAUGAAUUAGAUAAAAAAAAUGCUAAUUGUGAGGAUGCAAUAUUUAGAGGUAUACAAAAAUUUAGAAAUAUUAACAAUUCUAUUUAUAAAGAUGAUGCAAAAAAUUCAAUUAACUUUCAUUUUGAUAAAAUAUUUUUCGGUAAAAAUAAAAUAUUACAUCUAUUAGAAAAAUUUACAUAUAAAUAUUUAAGUAUUAUAGAUUAUCAGAAUUCUUACAAUGAAUCAAAAAAAAGUCAAAGUUUGCUUAUAAAAACUGAAUAUUAUAAAAUUAUGCAUAUUUUUUAUCUUACUAUAAAGGAAUUAACACACUAUUAUAACGAAAUAUAUGUAAGAAAAAACAAAAAUUGUUUUUUAGAACAAAAAGUAGUUGAAAAUGAUGACGAGUCUUAUAUUGAAAAAAAGAUAAAUGAAUUAAUAGAUUCCAUAAUAAAAACAAAAAAACAAAAUAAUUAUAAGUCAAAAAUAUACAAAAAAAAAAAAUUCACCAUAUUACAUUAUAAUGGUAAAAAGACAACAUAUAAAUGUGAUAAUAUGCUAUUAGAUAAUAUUAGAGAUAUAUAUACAAUGAAUGAUAUAAUUCAAAUUAUUGAAAAUAGUCAUAUGAAAUUUUUAAAAAAUAUAUUUUUUAAAGAUACUAUUCCAUUAAAAGGAUUUAAAAGCAAUUAUUUGUAUGAUGAAAUUUGUUUUUUUAUUAACACAGUAACCAAUACUUAUGAAAAAUUUUAUAUUCUUGUUUUAAAUGAAAAAGAAAAAAAAAACCAGGAUUUUUUUCUUCCUAAAUAUAUUUCAAAUUUUGUAAAACAUAAUGAAUCACUUACAUUAGAUAAUGAAGGAAUUUCAAGUUUACGUAGUAAUAUUUUCAAAAAUAAUUUUUCUCUUUCUUUAAAUAGAUUAUUGUCCAAUAAUAUGAAACUUAAUAAAAAAAAAAUUUCAAAUGUGAAUUAUAAUCCUGUAGAAAGCAUAAUGAAUUUUAGUGAAUUUAAUAAAAAAAUAAGUAAACAUCACAUUACAUCCGUAGUUAAUAAACUAUAUUUAAAUGAUAUUUUUAAUUAUCAAUCAAAAUAUUUAUAUUAUAAUUUAACAUAUUUAUCUUUUAUUAAAAAAUAUAUAUUGUUCUGUAUUCAUUUUAGCAAAGAUGAAGACUUAAUAAAACUUUUAAAUUAUUAUGAAUUAAAGCAUAAAAAGGAUUAUAAUAAAGAAAAUGAAUACUCCAAUACAUAUUCUGGUAUAUCAAAGAAAUCAUUAAUUAAUGAUGAGUAUAUUUAUGAAAAAAAUAAAACUAUACAAAAUAAUAUAAGAAUGGAUAGCAGUGAAAACAAGUUUAAUUAUUUAAAUAAUUUAUCUAUUCAUGAAUUAGAAGAUUUAUGUAAAAUAAUUUUAUAUAACUUUAACAUAUCUGAAAAUACAUUUUAUUUUCAGAGGUACAUAUUUAUAAGAAAAUAUGUAUAUUUUAUUUUAGAAAAUUUAAAAAAUGAAUAUUUAAAAUCAGUAGUACCACUUAUACGAAGGAUAGAAAAUAGCUAUAUAUCUUAUAAAUAUAAAAAAUCUAAAUUAUUAUAUAGACACAAAAUUAAGAUAAUACAAAAUUAUAUGCAAAAGUUUCUUUUUUUUUAUAAUUAUAACAAAAUACAAAAGCAAAAAAAUUUAUUAGUAUCUUUUUUGAUAUUUUAUAGCUUUAUAGUUAGGAAUAAAUAUUUUGGAGAAACCAAAGAAACAUUAGAAUUAUCUAGAGAAAAUUUUAUUAAUAAAGAAAAACAAUUAAUUAGACAUGCUUCUUGUUUAUAUAUACAAGCAUGGUUUAGGAAAAUAAUACAGCAAAGAAAAUAUAAAGAAUUAAAAUUAGAAUUAGCACAAAGAAAAGCUAUUGAAAAUAUUAGUGUUGUUGUUAAGACUUAUAUAACACAAUUAAAAAUGGUAAAGAAUAUAAAUGAGGUAAUUAUUCCUAACAGAUGUGCUACUUUAAUUCAAUCUUAUUUUAAAAAAUAUAUGUGUUUAGUUAAUUUUCAGAAAAAGUUGUUUCUGAAAAUAUGCUUUCUAUCUAUAAAAAGAAAAUAUAUGAUGUAUUCCAAUGUAAUUACAAAAAUGAAUUAUCAUUAUUUACUAAAAAAUAUUUAUAAUAGAAGUAUAAUCAAAAAACAAUUUAAAAUUCCUGAAGCAGUAGUUAAAAUACAAAGUAAAUAUAAAAGCUAUGUUGUUAAAAAGCAAUAUAACCUUCUAAUAAAUGCUAUAUACUUUACUCAAGCAUAUAUUCAUACUAGCUUAGAAGCUAUAAGAUAUAACAAAAUUAAAAAAAGCAUAUAUAAAAUUCAAAUUUGGUGGAAGAAUUUCAUUAAGUUAAAAAAAGUUUUUUCUGCUUUUCAUUUAAAUAUAUAUAGUAGUGCAUAUGAAAAAAAAAAAUACUAUUUUUUACAAAAAAGCAACUUUCCAAAUUAUUAUUAUUAUAUUUUAAAAGAGCAAAAAGCAUUAAAGUUGUUAACUUAUAACAUUUUGUUAAAACAAUGGUAUUUUUUUUAUUUUAAAAAAUUACAAAAAAAAAAUCAUUUAUUUAAUAUUGUAUUUAAUUUAAAAUUAUAUAAAAAUAUAUCUUAUUACUACAUGCUUCCAUGGGCAUACAAAAUAAAUUCAAUCCUAAAAAUAAUUCAUAUGAAGCAUAUGUUUCAGGAGUCUACAAACAGUAAUCUAAAAACGUUGUUUAAUAUUCCUGUUUUUGAAUCUGUUCAAAUUUUUGUUGGAAAAACUCAUACAAUUCUUUUAAUUAAUCAGAAAAUGAGUAGUGAAGAAUUUACAUAUAAUGAAGAUAAAAAUAGUAGACAUUAUUAUUCUAAAUUUGUUUACAGUUGUGGGUCUAAUGAUUAUGGUCAACUUGGUUAUUAUAAUUUAUAUGAAAAAAAUUCUAUGUAUUACAUGAAUAGUUUUCCAAAGGGUUUCGAUAAUGAUACAAAUGAGAAAGAAAGAAGAAUUAUUAUUAUUACAGAGGAAAAUAUUCAAAAUAAGAAAAAAUCAUUUGAAGAAAAAAUUAAAAAGGAUAAUAAAAAAUUCCAAAUAAAUGAUCAAACAGAAACAAAAACAAAAAAAAAUUAUUAUGAUAUUAAUGACAGUCAUAGUAAUAAACGUAGUAGUAGUAGUGAUGGUAAAAAAAGCUUUUCCCUAAACAGUUCUAUAGAUAAAUAUUUUAGCAAAGAUAAUAAUUCUUAUAAUUAUGAACUGAAUAAGAAAAAAAAAAAAGAUGUAAAAAAUAAAAAGAAAUUUUAUGAUAGACGUCUAAAAAAUUUACAACAUUUAAUAUUUCAAUAUGAACAGAAGUACACCAUUUCUAAAAGGUAUAUAACUCAAACUUAUUCAGAAUUUUUAAAUGAUAUAAGUGAUUAUAAAAUAAUACAAAAAAAAAAUAAAAAUGGAGAAAUAGAAAAAGUAAUCCAAUUUACAAAGGUAAUAAAUGAAACAAAUAAAAUUAAUUAUAUUAGUUGUGGUUCUGAGCAUACAUUGGCUUUGUCUGAAAAUGGGAAUGUGUAUUCAUGGGGAAGCAACGCGUUUGGUCAAUGUGGUCAAAAAUAUGAAAAAGCUAUAAUUAGGUAUCCAAAAAUUAUUAAGCAUUUUUUAAAAAAUAAAAUUCUUAUUAAAUAUAUAAAUUGUGCUUCAUAUCAUAGUGGAUAUAUUUCUAGCACAAAUGAUUUAUAUAUUAGUGGAAAUUUCUUUUUUAUUAAUUUAAAAUAUUUUAAUAGUAAUAUUUAUGAACCUACAUUUUUAAUUUCUGGAUGCCUUACUAUAUUAUGUAAAGAUAGCUUUAAUAUUUCCUUAAGGACAAAUAAAAAUUCUCUAUAUAUAUGGGGCAAUAAUUACAAAUGUAUAUUAGGAUUAAAUAAAAAAAAGUUGGUAAAUCUUGAUGAAAUAUCUGUUUAUCCAUUAACUAAAAUUUUUGUUAAUAUUUAUGUAAAAAAAAUUACAUGUUCAGAUAAUUUUGUCUGUAUAAUAACUAAAAUAAAUGCCAAAAAAUAUUCUUUAUUUAUGUGGGGUCAAUUCUCUCUUAUAGAAAAAAAAGAAAGCAAUUCAUUAAAUGUAGCAACAAAUACUAAUAUAUUUAAUAAAUUUAAAAUUAAAACAAAUAUAGAAAAUAGAAAAAAUGAAAAGAAAAAUGGAAAUGAUGAACAAAAUAAUAUAAUUGAUAAUAUCAAUUUAAAAAAAAAAAAAAUAUUUAUAGCUAGUCCCACACCUGUUUAUAAUGAUUUAUGGGAAAACAUCGAAGCUAUUGAUAUAUGCUGUGAUUUAGAUGAAAUUUUGGUAUUAAUGAGUAAUUUGUGUUUAUAUGGAUUUAAUUCUGUGGAGGUUUUAAAUAAAGAAAUUAAAAAAAAUGAGGAGAAAGAUAUGACAUUUUAUAAUCCUUUUAAAAAAAACGAAAAAGAAGAAAAAAAAGAAAAAAAAUUAAUUUAUGAAGAACCAGAAAUAUAUGAUAAUAUUAAUUUCUUAAAUCCAUCGCUUUAUAUGUUCAAAUAUUUUAAACCAUCAUAUUUUAAUAUAAAAAAAAUUAAUUGCAGCUAUAAUAAAAAUAGUUUAUCAAUUAUGAAUGCAACAAUGGGUGAAUAUGAAUUACCUAAAUUUAAUGAAAAUAUAGAAUAUAUCACACCAUCAGGAGAUAUUGUAAAAUUUCCUGAAAAGAUAAAAGAAGCUAUUUUAAAAAGAGCUGAGAAUGAAUCUAAUAAAUGGAUAAGAUCAAAAGAUGAUCCUUAUAUAAAUCACUUCUUAAUAAAAAAUACAAGCGAUUCAGAAGAUUAA